AUGGGUGGUGGCCAACAUCCAAAUCUAACAUUAACAACACCACAACAGCAACAAACAAUGUUACCGUUAAUGGGUAAUAAUAAUCAACAGCCAACAAUAAGUGUUGCAGCAGUUGUUACUGCCGCUAGUUCAUCACCAAAUUCUGAUCCAAAAGAUUGUAUUGAAGAAUUAUGUCCAGUAUGUGGUGAUCGUGUUUCCGGCUAUCAUUAUGGCCUAUUAACAUGUGAAUCAUGUAAAGGUUUCUUCAAACGUACUGUACAGAAUAAAAAAGUUUAUACUUGUGUUGCUGAUCGUAAUUGUCUUAUUGAUAAAUCACAACGUAAACGAUGUCCGUAUUGUCGUUUUCAAAAAUGUCUUGACGUUGGCAUGAAGCUUGAAGCUGUUCGUGCUGAUCGUAUGCGUGGGGGACGGAAUAAAUUCGGACCAAUGUACAAAAGAGAUCGAGCUAGACGGCUACAAAUAUUACGACAAAAACAAUUGUCAAAAGCACAUCAUGUUGUUGGUGGUGGUAAUAGUCUAGGACCUCCUACUACAAUAUUACCUGGAUCUGCUGCUGCUGCAGCAGCCGCUGCAAAUGAAGCCCUCAAUUUUUUAAAUGCCGCACCUGGUUCACACGGUGGCUCCAUAUUCGAUGGAGUAAAACCAGAAUUAAUACAAAUUCCGCAAUUAUCUUCAUCAACAUCAUCACCGGAUUCAUCACCAUCGCCAGGAUCAACAGCCGGUGUAGCUGCGGCUGCUGCAGCUGCAGCUGCUGCUGGACAAUUACCAAAUGCUGUUGCAGCGGCCGCUGCUGCUGCUGGUCAUCCACAUUUCAUGUCACCUUUGGUUCCAUCCACCCUACAGCAGCAAUCAUCAAAUCUGGCCGGUGCCAAUCUAUCACAAUCAAUGAUGAGUGCUGGUGAUCAACAUGUAAUGAAAUGGGGACCAAAUGGCCCUGGUCCAAGCAAUAUGAGCGCUAAUAAUACAGGUCCAAGUGGAAAAUCUGGCCUACAACAACAACAUUACGAUACCAAAUUGGUGAUGCCACCAUUGAUUAGAGAAUUACAAUUAUCAAUGUUGGAUGAUAAAGAAUGGCAAUCACAAUUAUUUAGCCUAUUACAAAAUCAAACUUAUAAUCAAUGUGAAGUAGAUCUAUUUGAAUUGAUGUGCAAAGUUAUUGAUCAAUCAUUGUUUGCUCAAGUUGAUUGGGCUCGUAAUUCCAUAUUUUUCAAAGAUUUAAAGGUUGAUGAUCAAAUGAAAUUAUUACAACAUGCCUGGAGUGAUAUGUUAGUUUUGGAUCAUAUACAUCAACGGAUACAUGCCGGUCUGCCAGAUGAAACUACACUACCGAAUGGACAAAAAUUCGAUUUAUUAUCAUUGGCAUUAUUAGGCGUACCACAAGUGGCCGAUCAAUUACAUCGAGUUACGGCACGAUUACAAGAACUUAAAGUCGAUACUAAUGAUUAUAUUUGUCUUAAAUUCUUAUUGCUACUCAAUCCAGCCGAAGUUCGUGGUUUAACAAAUUUCAAAUUAGUUCAUGAUGCACAUGAACAAACUAAACAAGCAUUAUUGGAUUAUUGUAUCAAUUUUUAUCCACAAAUUACGGAUAAAUUCAAUCUUCUAUUAGCAUUGAUGCCCGAAAUACAUUCACUUACAUUAAGGGGUGAAGAUUUUCUUUAUUAUAAACAUAUGAAUGGUUCAGCACCAACGCAAACAUUAUUGAUGGAAAUGUUACAUGCAAAAAAGAAAUAGAUGAUGAAACUGAAAUU